ACGCAUUUGGGAAAGACGCGUUUUAACAUAGCGAAAUGGUGCAAAUUCGAUGCACGUAGACGCGUCUGCGUGCGUCGAACAUGCGUUUUCAGACGCGUCUACCACUAAAAAAUGUUUAUAUGGGGUACUCUUAUCGUAUGUAAUAUAUUGUGCUUAAAUGUCAUGUCUCAUACACUGACUUAAUAGUUGCAAUAACAAUAGGCUAAAAUUUGCAAUAUUACCUAUUCAGACUCAUUGGUUUUUGAAAAGCCCACUGUGUGCUUUCCUUUUACGCGUGGAUGCCACAUACAUGACUCAGUUCUUUGUUGCUAGUGUUUUGUUUUAAAUCUAUUUCGUGGCUUCCGAAUCUGAUGGAUCAAAAAAUCUUAGAAAAAGGUAUUGUAGACAUUUUGAAAACAUUUGUCUCUUUGUUCUGAAAAUGAUUAAGAUAAUUACUAUGAUCAUACGAUCAAGUGUCAAAUAAAAACAAAGAUAGUUCCGGGUGAUUGAAGCCUCUUGUCUCUUAUUAGGUGAAUUUGACAGUUCUUCGCAAUAAAUAUAUUAUAUGACACGUGUCAUCUUUCGGUACGAUAAUGUUUAAUACAAUGUCAUUCAAGGUCGCAAAACAACAAUAUUCAUAUAGGACGAGUAGAAAUUUCGUGAAUAGAACGAUAGCUAUUCAAAUAGUAAAAUAACAUCAUUUUACAUAUGAUAGGAUGAAAUAUACUAUAACAACGACUGAAAUCGUGUGCUUUAGCCUACAUCAUAUAUUAAUUUGAUUUUUUAUGCUAUAUUUCUUGCUUUACCAUUGUUCUUCAUCUAGAAAGAAAAAAGAAGAAUUUAUUAUGAUGAAAAAAUAUAGGCAUACGACAUAUAUCUAUAUAGUUAUAUGUUCGCAUCGCUUUUUUUUGAGAAAAAAAUGUUUGCUGUAAAGAAAGAAAAUGAAAAAUUUGUUUUUGUACUCUGCUCCCUAUAGGUUUUGUAAAUAAAAAAACGAGGUAAGAUAGCAAGCUGCUGUCUUUUCUUCUUGUAAAAGAAAAAAAAACUUUUCAUAUUAUUAUAUUGUGUCUUUAUAUAAGAAAAAGAGAGAAAGAAAAAAAAGAAAAGUUUCUAUACGUCUCAAAAGCACGAUGACAUGGUCGACUAUUUUUUUUUUCUGAAAGAAAAAAAAACAGAGAUUAUAUUUGCGAUGUAUAUUUUUUAUCAUCAUAGAUAGAGAGAAUUGUGAAUAUAUAUAAGAACGUAACAGCAGCAGUAUAUCGAGUAUUUUUGGUGUAUAUGUGUGUGUAGACAUACAAGUACUUGGGAAAAUCCGAAUGAUAUAUUAUAUAAAUUCUAAGUUAAAACAGUAAUUAACGUCGCUCAAAUUUUUAUUAUAAUUCACUUUAUAUUUAUUUAAACAAAUAAUCAACAUGCCUUGUUUACAAGUCGAAACGAGUCAAACGUAAGAAAUAAAUUUUUUUAUUUUUUUUUAUUGGGUGAAUAUUAAAUUACUAACAAAAGAAUAAUAUUAUUAGAUUUACGACAAAUUUUUUUAUAGAGAAUACUUUUGGUUUUGAGUAUAAUGAAGUCUGCCACACACUUCAUGGACAGAAUAUUAAAGUACACUUUCGAAGAUAGAAUCGUGUACUCCUCUUCCUUAAUAUAAGAAAAGUUUAAGUUAGAGAGUGAGAAUUCGAUCCCUGACAUUGAAUAACUUUGAAAUAAUAAAUAUACACAUUUUAUUCUAUUUUUUAGAAUGAAUCAUUUCUGUUAUCAUCUCGCUCCAGAUCCCAAGAAGUGCUCCUGAUGUGGCUCACGUUACUGCUGAAAGAUUUACAUCGAGCGUAGAAAGCGCAGAGGGCAGUAGCGUGGGCAAUCUUAUCAUCCUCGCGCCACAACAGAUUCAAUCAAAUGUACAGGUAAUUAAAAUAACAAAUAUUAAGCGCAUAGUUUAGAGAGUGUGAAAGAGAGUAUAGUUUUGUUCAUACUUUUAAUACGACUUUAAAAUUCAUAUUCAACAGGCAUUAGAUUUUAUAAGCCGCUAUAGUUACAUUCAGGAAAGAUCAGUUAUAUAGUUUAAUUUCACUUAUUUUACUAACUAUCUUCAUUACUUCCAUCAUUUGUGUGAGAAAUUGAACGAGCUAUAUAAGAGAGAAGGAUCACAACAGAAGAAACAUUUUAUUUUUUAAGUGUGUAAACACCAGUCAAGUGGUUGAGGAAGUCCAAAGUAAUGGCAAAAAACACCUGGAGUGCAUAACAUACAUAGUUUUUUACUGCUUCGAUUCACUCUUAUUUAUCUAAGAUUUCUUAUUGAUUUCAUUUGUAAACUUUUGGCGCAUCUUAUUUUACAAAUGCUAAUUAUCACUUAUCAAAAACUUUUCAUAUGUCAAAUUCAUUCAAUCAUUCGGUAACUUACUGGUGGUACUUAACUUCCUCGAUAGAUAUGUAGUGUAGGUAUUCCCGUCAUGUGAAUUAGUAGCAGCUACAACUUAUGUUCUACUUCAUUCAAUCGAAGAACAUUGUAGUCUACCUUUAUAGACUGAUCCACUACUAUUUCUAUGAUGCGCUUGAUGUUCUCGUAGAAAGACAGACUUCAUACAAGAUGCAAUCGAUUGCAUUCUUUUUCAUUGAAACUCACAGUCAAUUAAGUGUCUGUGUGACUGGUUUCACAAGUAACGCUGCAUAAGAACAACCAUCCGAUCGAUAAACUAAAUUAAUCAUAAAAUUAUUAUUUUGAUUUUAUAUUACAGAAAUGUUGUAACAAAACUCCAGAAAGUAAUGACGUUAAAGAAAAUCUUUUAAAAACAUUCAAAGAACAAAAUAAUAUGGACUGGGCAACAACGUUUCGUAGUGAUGGAUUAUAUAUAGAAAUUCCGUUACAUUUAGCCGAGGGCUCGAAAGAAAAAUUUAUAAAUACACUGGAAUUUGCUGAUACCACACUUGAAUGUAAACAUGUGUUUAUAUUUUUCCGAAAAAACCGUAGUGAUCGAGCUUCAUUAGUUCGAACGUUUAUGUUUCUGGGAUUUCAUAUACUUUCACCGAAGACUUGUUUGAUACCUAUUCCAUCCGAUGAUUAUUUAUUUAUGGUUUAUACAAAUGAUUGA